AUGAGUGUUCUUAUUGGUAAAAGAGAACUCUUCGCCUUCGCAGAGCGAUACUCCUCAUACCGUCUAAAAGAUUACACAGAUCUAGCGGAUGGUGUGGUGUUGUGUAGUCUCUUUAAUUUGGUAUUCCCGGACCUGCGCAUCCGCACCGCUAAUACACAGACCCACACGGUAUCACAGCGAGCACAAAUGAAUUGGACCGCACUUCGUUCAGGAUUAGACGCUGUUGGUAUUCCGCAUAUUUUACUGAAUCGCGAUGCUCUUUUAAAAGGUGAUGCAGAAAAGGGAUUUUCUGCUCUAGUGCUAUUUUAUUUUUUACACCACUUGACGAAACGCACAGACUUUUCAGCAGAGUUUGCUAUUGAUGUUACGACAGAACUCACUGAGUUUUUACAAUCUAUUGACUCUAUUGCAGCUUUAGUCGCUGGGGGUUCAAUGCCUCUUAGUGCUGUACCGCCGCCAUUGCAGGAACAACUCCGUGUUGCAGUCUUAAUGCGUAGAGGUCGGAGUAAUUCAAAGAGUAAUCAACGAAAGAAGACAACCACCAGCCUUUCCUCUGUUUCAUCCCUAGACGUUAGUGAAAUGGAAGAAUCUGAAGAAGUAGAAGAAGAAGGAACAUUUGAGAAACAGCUUAGUUUUAAUUCAGACAUGACAUCAAAGGAACCACAAUCCUUCAUAGAAGAAACCACACUAGCAAAAUUUUCGGCUAAUGAUAAAGAAAAUGUUGAUGAUAUUGUGAAGACGAAAAAAGAGAGUGUGAAUCAUACAUACAGCCAUACACAUACUAGUUGUUCUAAAAACAAAAAACAGAUAGAUCAUAAGGAAGAAGAAGAUUUAAUAAAUGUAUCUACAGUGCAACGUGAAGUUGAAUUACAAAAAAAAUUUAUUGCCAAAUCAGAAGAAUGUGAGGAACUAAAAAUGCAGAAUUUACAACUACUUUCUCAAUUAGCGAAACUUCGUUCAGCAAAUCCUAUUAAUACUUCUUCUACAUUAGGAAGUGUAAGGAGUGAUUCUGCUGCUAAUAGUACUGAUGCUACUGAAUGUAAGCAUGAAGAAGAAAGACGUAGGUUGGCACUAGCAGAAGAUGAGGUUUUACACCUACGCCAAAUUCUUCAAACUACAAAACAGGAAAGUCUUCGAAAUUUACCCCAAAAUAGUACCUUUGCACAAGAAUUAUUGGAAGAUAUCGUAGAUGCUGAAACAGGUGAGGUUGUAAAGGUUCAUGAAACUGCUACACUUUUGAAUGGUGUUAUUCUAGACACUCUCCGUCACUCUCCGAAAAGGCGACAAGAAGCACAAAAAUGGCUUUGGCUAAUUGUAUCUGCAUAUCAUGUGAUGGAAACACGACUUGUAACUGCAUGUGAUGUAGCCACAUUAGAGUUUAAACGACAAGAAAUAGAAAAAGAAGACAGUUAUCGUAAUAUUAUUAAUAAUAAUAAUAAUGAUAAUAGUUGUAUCAAUAAUAAUGUCUAUGCUUUGGAAUCACCAUCAACACCUGGUACUACAGCCAAAUCUGCGUAUGGCCUUCAUGAGAUGUCUUCUCCAACAUUGCCGUACUCAAACACUGCAGCUCCUGUACUUUAUGCACAGUUAUCCAAGAUGGAGGCGGAGAUGGGACGACGACAAAGACAGUUUGAACAGAAUCUUGCUGAAUUGCAUACAAAUGAAAAUAAUCUUCACCGACGUGUAAAACGAUUAGAGGAACAAAUACACAGUCUCAUGCAGAAAUUUGUUGAGCGUGAAGGUAAGUGGAAGUCACUUUGUGCCGCAAUUCAUGAGGCGGAACGUGCGUCCUUUGGCAUUGCAGAGGCGGAGACGGCGGCGGAGGUGGAGCGGCUGUUGGCGCAGCGGCAGUCGUGGUAUACACGCGCGGAUGAAGAGUCAGAGCAGUUGAUGCGCGGAGCCGUGAGUGUUGAUUUAAAACAGAUAGUUGAAGUGGAUAUAGAUAUGGAUGGUGAAAAGGAUGAUGGAAGUACGAGUAGUAAAAAGGAUGAGAAGAGUACCAAACGUAAAGAUGAGAAGAGAAAGGACUCUUCUGGAUUAUCUGGUGACCAUGAUGUGUGUAAGGCAAUGCAGAUACUCGUCCAGAGUGUCACACAAGAUAGAGAUAGACUGCAGAGGGAAGUGGAGACGUUGCGUAGAGAAUUGCAGGAAGCCGCACUUUUACUGCAGCCACCAGAGAAGCAGGAGCGUACAAGUAAGCUGCAGGAGGAUAUACACAGUCGCAUUGUGGAACAGAGGGAGUAUGAAGAGGAGGAAGUAUGGUUCGUGCGUGCUAAUAAACGGGCACCGUUUACGCUGAGUUGUCCAUCAGCAAAUCAAACACCAUUGUCUACACAAAAAUCAAAGUACAAUAAUGAACGAGAUGCUAAUAAUAUGACAACAUCCAAGGUAUCGUUUGGACGCAAUCUCUCAGCACUUUUGGCAUCUGCAACCCCAUCAAAGUGA